GGCCAAACAUAGCCCACUAUGACUCCAUAGGCUUCCAACCUGUCUUGGGCAUUUUCAACACCAUUGUCGCCAGUCUUUUUCUUGCUAAGCAUCCAUCACUAGCUCUACGUCUGCGCUAAACUUCUCGAAAAUACAGAAAGGUCCCCCAGACCUGAUCCUGCUUCGUCAACACACACUUGCUAACGCAACCGUCCCACCUGCUGUCCUCGCUUCGGAGUUCUACCCCUCCUUUGACCUUCUACUUGCGCUUCAUCUCAUCUGUCCCGACGCACCAUUACCUAAACACUCACCAUGGCUCUCCCCAAGAGAAUUCAAAAAGAGACCGAGCGCCUCAUGGCGGAGCCUGUCCCAGGCAUCAGCGCCAUUCCCCACGAAGACAACCUACGGUACUUUGACGUCGAGAUCCAUGGUCCUUCAUCUUCUCCAUAUGAGGGCGGCGUCUUCAAGCUUGAGCUCUUUCUCCCGGACGACUACCCUAUGACACCCCCCAAGAUUCGCUUCCUUACCAAGAUCUUCCACCCCAACGUUGACAAGCUCGGUCGUAUCUGUCUUGAUGUGCUGAAGAACAAUUGGUCACCUGCUCUGCAAAUCCGAACAAUUCUCCUUUCGAUUCAAGCCCUCCUCGGUGCCCCGAACCCCGACGAUCCGCUUGCUGCUGAUGUUGCCAAGAGCUGGAAAGAGGACGAGAAAGCAGCUAUUGCGACGGCGAAGCAGUGGACUCAGCAAUACGCCGUCCCGAAAUAGAAAAUCGGCGUGAGUCCUCCAGAAAAACAGAAUAAAAUAACAAUACAGUUUCUUCCGCUAUCCGCUAUCCAUACGGUGCCAUCCAUACAACAGAGACACGGUGAACUUGGUGGCGACGGCGUGGGAUUGGGUGGGAGAGCUCUCUGGGUGUGGUGCCGAUGGGCGGAUUGGCAUACGACUAGGUAUAUUUGCGAUCACGAAUUCACGAGCAUAUGGGGGAAGAAUGGGAUGUUGCUGCGUCACAGGUUCUGCGCUGAAUGGUGACCCUCUGGCUAUUCCUUGGGAUUCUUCUUGGUGUAUUUUUGCAAUCAUCGGAGAGCGUGUCUCGAGGCAGCGAAUAUCAACGAUCUUACUAGGACGGAUAGCGACAGCUUGCACAUGACGGGGCGUGUCUCUCCACAGGCUGGAAUACGAGGGUAGAUUGUGGGAUUCAUGUGCAGUGAAAGUUGGCAGCUCGAUCAUG